UGGCGGUAAGCUGCAACCCCUAUUUAAACAAAAGCAAGCGCUCCAUACAAUUGCUAUAUGUUCUAUAAGCACUUUAAUUUGUCAAGUCAUAUUUCUCUGGGUAGGGAUGAACUACUUUCAACAUUUACUCAUGAGCUCACUAUGGGUAGCGCUGAUCAUGUUAGCUGUACUAGAAAAUGGAUGCAAUGGGUGUUUGGAAAAAGAAAGAAUCGCGCUCUUGCAACUCAAACAUUCCAUCAACUUCCCAGAUGGCACUUCGUUGCCAUCUUGGGAGGAAGACGAUAGCAUGGACUGUUGCCAUUGGGAACGUGUUGAGUGUAAUUCUACUACGCGUCGAGUUAUCAAACUUGAACUUGGUGACACAAGAGAUUUGAGACCAUGGGAAUAUUGGCAUCUAAAUGCCUCUAUUCUUCUCCCUUUUGAAUCACUCCGAAGCCUCAACUUGUCUCGAAACCAAUUGGGUAGUUUCAUCAGGAAUGAAGGUUCGCAAGAAGAAGCAGGAAUAUUGAAAAAGUUAGAGGUCCUUGAUCUGAGUCAUAAUGAAGCACUCAAUAAUAGUGUUUGGUCAUUUUUGAGAGGGCUUUCAUCAAUCAAGACACUGGAUUUGAGUUACAAUAGAGGCUUGCACGGAGCUGUUCACAAUAAGGACUUGAGAAACAUCAGCAACAUUGAAACUUUGUUCAUGGAAGGUGUUAUGCUCGACGACGUUCUUCCAUACAUUAGAGUCAUUACUUCAAUUCAAGUCUUGUCCUUAACAUAUUGUGACAGCAAGCGUAUUCCUUCAAUUGAAGGGCUGUGUGAGUUGAAGAAGCUCCGAGAGCUUGAUGUCACAUGGAGUGAUUUUGGGGAAACCUUACCAUCGUGCUUGGCGAACUUGACAUCCCUUCGACUACUGGAUUUAACUUCCAAUCAUUUUACUGGAAACAUUGCACGGUCUCCUCUUAUCCAUCUGACAUCCCUCGAAUACCUUGCAAUUUCAGAUAAUGACUUUGAAGUUCCAAUCUCAUUCAUGUCAUUUUUUAACCAUUCCAAACUCGUGUUCAUUGAGAGCCUGAAAAACAUGUUGUUGGAAGAGGAGGACUUUCCCGCCACAUCCCCAAGUUUCCAACUAAUCGGACUCUGUUUAUCAAAUUCUAAACAUGGUCAUAUUACCCGAUCAUUUCCUCGCUUUCUCUACCAUCAACAUGACCUUAUAUUGAUUGAGCUGUCUAGAACUGAUUUUACAAGUAAGUUUCCAUAUUGGUUGUUGGACAACAAUACAAGAAUGGAGACACUUAUCCUAUCAUACAAUUCAUUUGGUGGACCAUUAUUGUUGCCUUUGCGUCAAAUGAGAAAUCUUAUUACACUGGAUAUCUCUAACAAUCAUCUUGAAGGCUUCGUUCCUUACAAAUUAGCCAGUUCUUUUCCGAGUUUAGAAUUCCUCAACAUGUCUACGAACAACUUUGAAGGCAACAUUCCCUCUUCAUUUGGGGAUAUGACUGCUCUGGAAAAGCUAGAUUUAUCCAAUAACAAUCUAUCUGGAAAAAUACCGGUUCGUUUGGCCAAAGGUUGCCGCCUCUUGAAUUUCUUGAGACUAUCAAACAACUUCUUGAAAGGCCCAGUACUACCCCAUCAAAACAAUUUGACCCUAUUGAAAGUCUUAUAUUCCGCCAACAAUUCCUUCACAGAAAUUCCGCCUAACUUGUCUCGGAGCAAUUUGAUCUAUUUGGAUGUUAGUGCUAAUCAACUGGUAGGAAAGAUUCCAGGGUUCAUUGGGAAUUUAUCGUUACAGUUUCUAGCCAUGGCCGGUAAUCAUCUUGAAGGUCCUAUUCCAAUUGAAUUUUGUCAAUUGAGAAAGCUCACGUUGUUAGAUCUUUCAGAAAAUAAUAUCACCGGGGCUGUACCAUCUUGCUUCAGUACAUCACUUAUAUAUAUCAACAAUAUUCGAUUGUUCAAAAAUAGGCUUGAUGGACCUUUUCCAAUGGCCUUCAAAAAUUACGGUCCCAAUUUAAGGGAGCUUGAUCUCUCUUAUAACCAGUUCAGUGGCAAUAUUCCAACUUGGAUAGGCAGCUUUUUCUGGCUUACGGUUCUUCUCUUGCAAAACAAUAGUUUUGAAGGCAACAUUCCAAAGGAGUUAUGCAACAUUCCCCGCUUAACCAUGAUUGAUCUUUCUUUCAAUAAUCUCUUUGGCAGCGUUCCCCCUUGUUUUAGUAACAUUAAAUUCAACGGAAUAAAAGUCGGGGGAUCAAGUUACUCAUUCUACCGUUAUGGUUCACCACAAACAUUCACAUUAUUGUUGCAUGAUCUGGGGAUGGUGUUAGCCAAGAGUGAAAGAGAUCAAGAAGAGUAUUUUGAUAUAGAGGCUACAGGACAAGAGGCAAAGUUUACAACAAAGGGAAUGUCCUUAACCUACAGGGGAAUCAUUCUACAUCUUUUCUCAGGAAUCAAUCUCUCCCACAACAGAUUGAUUGGCCCCAUACCACCUGAAAUUGGAAACAUUACCAAUCUCAAAGCGUUGAACUUAUCCCACAAUAAUUUCACCGGUCCAAUCCCUGUGACAUUUUCAAACUUGAAAAACAUAGAGAGCUUGGAUCUUUCCUACAACUGCCUGCAUGGGAAAAUCCCCUCUCAGCUUACAGAGCUUACUUUCUUGGUUGUUUUCAAUCUGUCUUACAAUAACUUAAGUGGAAGGACACCUCAGAGAAUAUUCCAAUUUGCAAAUUUUGAAUCUAGUAGCUACGUUGGAAAUCCACUUCUUUGCGGAGAACCACUGCCAAAGUGUAAUGCAACUGAUUCACCUCCAUCGACGCCAAGAGCCGCUGUGAAUGAUACAGAAGAAGAUUCUGGUUUCAUGGACAUGAAUAUAUUCUACAUGAGCUUUGCAGGGUCUUACCUAACUGUGGUAUUGGCAAUUGUAGCGAUUUUAUUGAUAAAUCCGUAUUGGCGAAGGGCAUGGUUUCAUCUUGUCGAGGUUUCCAUCACCUCCUGCUACUAUUUUGUUGUGGACAAUCUCGUCGGGCGCAGGCUUUGUUUUCUUUGGAAAUAAGCAGCCAUCUCUCACUCAGCAUGUGGUGUGGUUAAUCUAUUCUACGUAGUUUCAUUUGGAUUGUGGUUUGUACAGAAUAAAUCUCUUUCAGUUGCA